AUCCUCUCUCUUAGCCAGCCACGAAGCCACCACCCUCUGCGAAGUGCAAACCCAUUCCUCCCCCCCUCCCUCGAACAUGGAUCCAGUACCUGUGUGGGGAAACUCGUCCCUCCAAACAGUUGACCCAGAAAUCCACGACUUAAUCGAGAAGGAAAAACGCCGCCAAUGCAGAGGAAUCGAACUGAUCGCAUCAGAAAACUUCACUCCUAGAGACUGGGAUUAUAAGAAGUUUAGAUCUGUUGCUGAUAAGUGUGGUGCUCUUUUGCUUUGUGACAUGGCUCACAUCAGUGGCCUUGUUGCUGCUCAGGAAGCUGCCAACCCGUUUGAGUACUGUGACAUAGUCACCACCACUACCCACCAAAGUUUGAGGGGUCCUAGGGCUGGUAUGAUCUUCUAUCGCAAGGGCCCCAAACCACCAAAGAAGGGUCAGCCAGAGAAUGCGGUAUAUGACUUCGAAGACAAGAUCAACUUUGCUGUUUUCCCAUCUCUUCAGGGUGGUCCCCACAAUCACCAGAUUGGUGCUCUGGCUGUUGCCCUGAAACAGGUCCAAACCCCUGGGUUCAAGGCCUAUGCCAAACAAGUCAAGGCAAAUGCCGUUGCCCUUGGAAACUACUUGAUGAGCAAGGGAUACAAGCUUGUUACUGAAGGCACCGAGAACCACCUUGUUCUGUGGGAUCUUAGGCCCCUUGGGUUGACAGGCAACAAGGUAGAAAAACUAUGCGACCUUGCAAACAUCACUGUGAACAAGAAUGCCGUGUUUGGUGACAGCAGUGCUUUGGCACCUGGUGGAGUGAGAAUCGGUGCCCCCGCCAUGACUUCUAGAGGUUUGGUUGAGAAGGAUUUCGAGCAGAUUGGAAAAUUCCUCCACCGUGCUGUGACCAUCACACUGAGCAUCCAAAAGGAACAUGGAAAGCUCUUGAAGGACUUCAACAAGGGUCUGGUGAACAACAAGGAAAUCGAGGCCCUCAAGGCUGAUGUUGAGCAGUUCUCAGGCUCCUUUGAGAUGCCUGGCUUUCUGAUGUCUGAGAUGAAGUAUAAGGAUUAGGUCCAACAAUUCAAUUAUCAUUAGCUUUUCCGUUCUGGUCUUCGCAAAUACCAUUCUCCCCUGAAAAGAAAGAGCUUCCAUCUGUCUGUUCUUGUAGUCAGCUGUCAAUUUUUCAUUUGAUUUUAAUUUGUUGCUUUUCUCUUUAUUAUUUACCUUCUUGGGAUGAAUGGUCCUCGUGUCAUUCGAGCUAAGAAAAUGUUUCACUAUCUCAAUGACUCGGUGAUCUAUUAUGAUGUAUCUGAUUCAAUAAAUCAAUGAUAAGCUUUCGUGCAAGUGAUGAUUGAGAACG